AUGUGGCGACUUGCACCAAGACUAUUGCUGGUACUAGACGUUUGGAGGUUGCUGAGCCAAAAACCUUAAAAUAGUCUGAAUUUAUGGCAUUCGACCAGGCCACUUCAAGUUCUGACAAUGGAAGGAUCUGACAAGAGCUGUAUUCAUACUGCAGAUGAUUCACUACCUUUCAACCAGAAUAUAGAGGAAUUAAUUGGAGGUGAGGAAGAAGAUGUUGACCCUGCUGGUAAGACUUCAUCAGAAGAGAUGGAUGAAUCAAAUAUGAGCUGUGAUCCUUUAGAUGGAGAUGAUUGGGCUGAUGACAUCACAGUGCCAUCUGGUCAGGUGAUAUCACCUGAUAUAUCACAUGAUGUGUCACAUGACCCUGAAGGUGAAACACUUCAACUUGUAGCACAAGACCACUAUCCUGAGAUUAUGAAACUCCAAGACAAGGCCGUUGACACUGGUACCUCUGUAAGUCACCAAGACAGCAUUCACACUGAUCUGAAAGGGCGUCAUCCCGAAAAGCUUCUUAGAUUACCUGAUCGGUCACAUGACAGAAUUGUUGGUGUAGGACGGGAAUCAAAUUUGUCACACGAUGAGCCAUAUUUCCCUGUAGGAUUUGAAAGGUUCCCAAAUGAUAAAUGUGUUGAAAAAGAAUGGGUACCCACUGAAGAUCUUUUAAGUGAAAAAGGAAUGCAAGAUAUGAACAAGGAUCCUGUUCUUGUGGCAGAACCUGAAGAGGACCGAAAACAAGAUGACAAAGGUGCCCACCCUGUGACUGCGGACACGGCCCAUCACUAUACACCAUUCAAAAAGAAACAAAAGAAGAAGAAAAAAAGAUUGAAGAGUCCUUUGUUACAUUAUAAGAAGUACCACACUGGAUCUGGAGAAAAGGUUUUCAGUUGUGACAUCUGCGGGAAGUUGUUCAGCAACCGAAGCAACCUGACCGUACAUACACGCAUCCACACCGGAUACCAGCCAUACUCCUGCAGUGUUUGUGAGAAAGCUUUCAGGAAAAAUAGUGAUCUUACCAGACACAUGCGCAUACAUACAGGAGAGCAGCCAUACACUUGUGAUCUUUGUGACAAAAGGUUUAGGUCCCGUAAUGCUCUUAAUUACCACAGUCGGACUCAUACAGGAGAAUUGCCUUAUCCCUGUGGGAUCUGCAGAAGACGCUUCAAAGACAAGAGAAGUCUAAAUUAUCACUUGAACAUUCAUAGACAAAAAGAAAGCAACCAGUCAGCUCUAAUUGAUAACCAAGAUGAAGGUCAAGUGCUAAGCUGUGAUAUGUGUGAUUUGUCUUUUGAGGAUGAAAACAGUCUUUUAAAUCACUUUGCUAGCAAUGAUGGCCAUGAGGUAUUUCAUUGUGAUAAGUGCAAGAAGAUCUUCACCACAGAGUUGUCCUUUUCUCGACAUGUCAAGUCUCAUACAUCAGAACUGCUUCAUCAAAGUGAGUUUUGUGAUGAGCUUUUGAGUCAUGCUGCGGAUGAAGAGGUAGAAAUGCAUCCUUGUGAGGAGUGUGAUGAAACCUUCAGAGACAUCAGAACCUUGAACAGGCAUAGGGAUUCCCAGCACUACGUGGAACAGUUUCACCAAUGUGGUAUAUGUGAGAAGACAUUCACGCAACAAAGCCAGCUGAUCUUCCACCUGAAGUCACACCGAAGUGGCCGCAAUAGGUGUAUGGUGUGCGACAGAGUGUUUACAAGGAACGCAAGUCUGGUUCGUCAUAUGAGGACACACGGUGCUAAAGGUGACCUGAUGGAUAGGAAACAGAAUGUACACGUAGAUGAUAAUAGGGCUCACAUUGAUGCUGAAAUAUACCAUUGUGAUAUCUGUGACAAGUCAUUCAGAAGUGAGGCACUCCUCGCUGGUCACAUUGAGUACCACAAGAGGCAGGAGCCUGUCCACCGAUGUGGUAUGUGUGAACAGACGUUUCCCACAAGUGCCAUUCUCCGGCAGCAUAUGGAAUCCUCUCAUACAGUGAACAAAUCUCACAAGUGUGGGGUUUGUGAUAAGACAUUUGCACAGGAAAGCCAGUUGACCUUUCACCUGCGGUCGCACAUGCCUGAUCAGCAAUCCCAGUGUCCAUUCUGUGAAAGGUCCUUCACAACAACCAGUAGCCUUACCCGACAUCUCAAGAAACAUCCUCAGGCAAAAGGAUUCCUCUUGAAUAUCAGCAAAGACCUGAAAGGGAGAAUGAAAGAGAAGCAUCAAGUGAAUAAAGUAUUCCGUUGUAAUUUGUGUCAUAAGUCCUACUUGGAAGAAAGUAUUUUCCUGAAGCAUGUAAAAACCCACAACAAUGGAAACUCUGAAAUGCCUGGGGAUAAUGUUGCUUUAAUAACUCAAAGUAUAUCCCUGAAGGAUCACCCUUACCAGUGUGGGAUGUGUGAUAAGACAUUGUCUAAUGAAAAUCAGCUAAAGCUUCAUCUAAGGUCACACUUGAGGGGACGGUUUCAGUGCGCACUUUGUGACCGAUCUUUCACCACAAACAGUAGCUUGACGAGGCACAUGAAAGUCCAUCCUGACGUACCACGAGAAAUCUUGCCAAGAAAAGCAAACCAAAUCCACUCAGAAAAUGCAUCAAAAGAUGCAGCUGACAAGUUCUAUCAGUGUGAUGAAUCAUUCUCCCGUAACAUAAGUCUUGGACGUCAUAUGAAAAAACAUGCUGGCACUCUUGGCAAAGGUAUCGAGAAAAGAUCGAAUCAUAGAAAAGCUUUUGUAGGCCACUCUCAGAGCGUUCAUCAGUGCAAGAAAUGUGACAAGAUUUUCAGCGAUAAAAAAUCCCUUAAGAUUCAUCGCCAGAGUCAUUCAGAGAUUCUUCCUUACAAAUGUGGCGUCUGUGAGAAGGCAUUCUACCAGAGCACCCAGAUUGCCAAGCACAUGCUGACCCAUUCAAGAUACCAACCCUUCAAAUGUGACUUAUGUGAUAAGUCAUUCUGCCAGAGAGGGGGUUUGAACCGCCAUCGCCGUUGCCAUACGGGGGAGAAACCCUACAAGUGUGAUCAAUGCGAUGAGAGCUUCCGAGAGCGAAGACAGCUGAUCUGCCACGUCGCCAUCCACAAGGGUGAGAAGGCAUUCUCUUGUGAGGUCUGUGGCUGUUCUUUCAACCAUGGUAGCUCUCUUUCGCGUCAUAUGGCAUCUCACUCUGGGGAAAAAAGGCACCAAUGUGAGGUAUGUGAUAAAAGGUUCUAUCGGAGUGGUCAUCUAGCAAGACAUCUUCUAACUCAUGCAGCUGUAUAAUAGAUCUAUGCUGCACUCUAGCCAUCUAACCCUUGCCCUAACCCUUUGAACAUCUGUCGAUAUAAAUUUCCAGUUCAGGGGCAAAUGGUUAAUCUUAACCACAUGUUGAUGAUCAAUCAGAAAUGCUAGAAGUCUGUACCUGUGAAUGUCCUAAAUUAAGAACGAAACAAUUUCUUGCAAGUGUUUACUACAAGCACAGCCACUGCAGAAAACUAGUGUCAUUCAAUUUCUUUCUAUUGAACAUGAUUAUUUUCUACGUUAUCUCUGAAGAUGUUGCAUGUCUUUGUGUGAGCUCAACAUCUUGAGCUAAGGAGAAAAGCUUUACCUUGAAAGAUAAUGGAAAAAUGUAAAAGUUUUGCGUGGAAAAUGUCUGAAGAGUUGUUCAACUAGUCCUGUCACUUUGAAGCAAUGUGGCGAAUUUGGGGGUCACCUGAGAGAUUAAAUUGAGAGUGACUUUUUAAACUUUCAUAACUAAUUUUUUUUUUUCAUGAUUUAUUUUCUUUUUUUUUAUCCAAGGGUUUCAUUUUCAAAAAUAGGC